AUGUCCACCGGUCGCCGUUUAGCCAAACGCUCCAUUAUCGGCACCAAAGUGUGUGCCCCGGGUCCGGACGGUCUCUGGUAUUCAGGUGUCAUCGCGGACGUUAAGACACCGCCCUCGUACUCAUCGGCCGGGAAACCGAUUUUACCGUUAUCGCCGCCGCCACCGCCAUCGUCGCACACUUUCCUGGCACCCGGCGACGCCCAAUUGAACGCCGAUACCCGUUAUAUGGUCCGUUUCGAUUUCAAGACCGCCGUCGAUUCUGGUCUCUCGUCCACCGCGUCGGGUUCAACAUCCUCCACAGAUCCUUCGUCGUCGGUCAUUGUGGAGGCGCGUCGCGCCGCCGUUGCCAGUGUCCACAUCAGUCCAGCUCAGGCCUUGCGCCGCAGCGCCAUGAUCAAGGAGUUCCGUGAGUCGGAUCUCAUUGGACCCGGUUUUCGAUCCAUUUUGGAUACGGAACUGCAGCCCGGCCAGCGGGUAUAUUUCACAUAUAAUGGACGUGAGCAGAGUGGCGAUGUUAUCCAGCAUGAUGCCAGCAAGGAUGAGGUGAUUGUGAAGAUUACCACAAUUGGAAAUGAGGAACCCAUUGAGCUGAAGAAGCGCCUGGAGGAAGUGCGUCUGCUGGAAUCGCGACGCUCCGCCCGCUUGGCUGACCAGGAUCGUGACACGGAUUUUGCCAGACUCGCCGACAUGAGUGGAGACCGCCGCCGAACCACCACACACAGUAUUGAGGUGCCACCGCCGCUGACGCCGCAGCACAACUCACGGAAACGUCCGCCCAGCGAUCAUCAUGACUAUGGCAGUGAUCCCAGCAAGGAUGACGUGAUAAAGGCAUGCGAGGCCCUCAUUUCUAUGAAAAAUCACAGUGAUGCCCUCAUGAACCUACAGAGCGGUGUGGCUGAUAUCCGGCUGCAGGGCUCCAGUCCCGGCAGCAGCUCAUCGGCCUCCUGGAGCUCUGGUUCUGCCUCACCGCCGCUGAGCGAUGAUGGCCACGCCCACCACAGCCCACAUAGCCACAUUAUAAUGUCGCCGCAUGAUGCGGCCAGUGCUCGUAUACGCACAACAUCCGUGUCCACAUCGGAUGAGGGCAUUGUCAUUGACUUCAAGGAGGAUCGCAAGAAAAAGUCCAAAAAGUUCCGAUGCGUUUUUCCAGGAUGUCACAAGGUGGAGCCCGAUCAGAAGAAAAUUGAGCGUCACAUUAGGAAAGUGCAUUUGCGGAACAAUGACUGCGAGAACGAGGAGGAGUUCUACUACACGGAAGACGACGACGACGACGAGGUAAAGGCGCCCAGCCUGGCCUCCGAGCCGACGCUCAGCCACCGGGACAUGGCGCGUCCGCCGCACGAGGAUCCGGAGUACCAGAAGCAGAUCGUUGGCAAUUUUAAGCAAGGACGCGCCGGGAGCCACAACAACCACCUAAGGCAGCCGCAUGGCCGCAUUAUCAAGUGCAGCAGCAGCAUCCCGAGCACCCACCAGCAGCAGCUGCAGAACAACAACACCAGCUGCAUACCCACUUCGCACCUGGCCCACCACAACUACACCUGGCCAGCGGCGGCGGCGGGCGGUGGCACCGGCACGGUCACCGGGGCCGGGAUGGCAGCGGGACUGGGUACGCCCUCUGCAGCCGCCUCCUCGCCGCUGAGCAAGCACGCUCGUUCGUCGUCCAACCGUCUGACCCACUCGGUAGCGCCAUAUCCAUCGCCGACGAACGUCCAGCAGCAGCACCAGAGCAGCCACCACACGCACCACCACAACUAUGCCGGCAGCAGUGCCAGCGCUACCAGCAGCAGCAGCAACAGCAGCGGCAGCGGCAGCCCGGUGAUCCACAGCAAUAGCAGUGCCAAUAACAUGCUGCAGCAGCUGUCGCAGCAGAAUGUCACGGUCACGGCACACCACAGCCAACAGCAGCAGCCACAUACGCAGCAGCACCACCAACAGCAGCAGCACCACAGCCAGCACCAGCAGCAGCAUCAGCAGCAUCUCCUGUCCAGUGUGACGAUCACGCCCAAUUACCAUCCGGCGCAGCAGCAUCCCCACCAGCAGCUGCACCAUCAGCAGCAGCACAUGCGGCCGCAUCAGCAUCCACAGACAACUGCCGGCAACCUGGUUGCCCACAACAACAGCCACAGCAACAGCAACGGCAGCAAUCCCCUGCAGCACCUGGCGGGGCAGCAGGCGGCGGCCAAGCACACGCCCCACUCGCCCGGCAAGAGGACGCGCGGCGAGAACAAGAAGUGCCGCAAGGUGUACGGCAUGGAGAAGCGCGACCAAUGGUGCACCCAGUGCCGGUGGAAGAAGGCUUGCAGCCGCUUCGGCGACUGAAAGCGGCAGAAGUCGUCGACGGAGGCGGCAAACCAGGCGUCGGCGCACAUCUCCAAGGCAGCAGCAGCAUCAGCAUCAACUCCCCAUCCAGCAACAACUACUCCGAAUCCGAAUCUAAGUCCAAAUCCCACUCAGAGUUCAAGUCC